AUGUUUCAUUUGACAAAACAUCUGCAGAGUUUAAACGAAGAUUUCAACACGAUUAUCAAUGAUUAUGAUCAAUUUAGGGAUCAAAUCAAUCAAAACCAACUCGUUUCUUCCUCGAUGAAACAAAUUGAUCAAUGGGAAAAGAAAUCGAUCGAAUUAAUUCAACAAACAGCUCAACAAUAUCGAAAUAUUUUAAUCGAAAAAGAAAGAAAAGAUCUCGAUAAAUUAAGGAGAAAAUUUGAUGAAAUAACAGAAAAAAUGAAAAAAGUUCAAAAAGAAAAUGAAUUUAAUGAAUUGGAUUUGAAUUAUUUCAAAGAUCAACUAAUGGAAAUGAAAAAACAAACGGAAAAUCAAAUGGAAAUGAAUUCAAUGGAAAAUUCACAAAUAUUCAUCGAAAAACUCUCGAAAAGAGUUAUUCAAAAAAUAAUUUUGAGGAAAUGGAGACAAAAUGGAUCGACAAUUUGUGGAGGAAAUGGAAGAGGAAAAGAAUUAAAUCAACUUUCAGGUCCUCAAGGAAUAUUUAUCGACAAAUAUCAAAGUCUUUUCAUUGCGGAUUCGGGGAAUCAUCGAAUUGUUCGAUGGAAAAGAAACGAAAAUCGAGGAACAGUUGUGGCUGGUGGAAAUGGAAGAGGAAACAGUUUGAAUCAAUUGGAUCGACCAGCGAACGUGAUUGUUGAUGAACAAAAUAAUUCAAUCAUCAUUGCUGAUCAAGGAAAUCGAAGAGUAAUGCGAUGGUUUUUUAACGAAAAUCAACCGGAGAUUCUCAUUCACAAUAUCGACUGUUGUCGGUUAACAAUGGAUAAAUUUGGAUUUGUUUAUGUUCCUGAUUGGAAGAAAGAUGAAUUCAACCUUCCAACUUUUCUAUUUGUCGAUGACGAACAAUCUCUUUAUGUUUCAGAUUUUGGGAAUUAUCGUGUGAUGAAAUGGAGAAAAGAUGCACAGGAAGGAAUUGUUGCUGCUGGUGGAAACGGAAGAGGAAACAAUCUGAAUCAAUUAAAUUGUCCUGAAGGAAUCAUUGUCGAUCAUGAGGGACGAAUUUAUGUUGCGGAUAUGUACAAUCAUCGAAUAAUGCGAUUGUGUGAAGGAGAUGAAGAAGGUGAAAUAAUUGUUGGUGGAAAUAGAAGGGGAAAUGAACCUAAUCAAUUGUCUUAUCCUCGCAGUUUAUCAUUUGAUGGGGAAGGAAAUCUUUAUGUUGGUGAUUUAGAAAAUGAUAGAAUCGAGAAAUUCGAUCUAAUUAGUUAA